UUGAAACUGUCCAAAAUAAUUUUUAUUAUAAUUAUAGGAUUCUUGUUUUGUUGGCUCUCUUGCGUUAUUAUAGACAUCAUCGACUCAACUCGGGCGGAAUGGUUUCCCCGUCAAUUGUACAUAUUUUGCACAUUUUUGGCUUACACGAGCGCUGUCUUAAACCCCUGGAUUUAUGGGUUUAAUAAUAAGCUAGUUCGCAGAGAAAUGCUCUUUUUACUGACAACGAUAUGUAGAGUUUGCCAUAUCUGUAGGUAAAAAACGUGAAGAUUUUAUAUAUUUAACAGGUGGUUAUUUUGAAAAGAGUUUUAGUGUAAGAGCAUAUAAUUAUAUAGUGCUUUGUUAACAUUGUCCAGUAGCUUUUAUUUUGUUUUCUGUUAAUUGACGAAAAUACUGCAAACAUACAUGACGAGAUUCAUAGAGAUCUGAAAUCAUAGACCCCUGCUGAUGUUCGCCUAUUCAAUAGGCGAACAUCAGCAGGGGAGCUCUUUAGAAGUAAUCAACUUUUUACGGCUCGUUUACUUGGAGGUGACAAAUUCUUAUAUCAACGGAAUUCCUUUACGUCAACAAGAUUUCGGUUCCACAAAAAAACUCAACUACAAAUUAGCCGCAUUGGAAGUCUUUCUGCCGAACCGGAAUGCAUUUGCCUCUGUAGUGGCUUCUCUUACAAUUUAUUGCACUUCGAGAAGAGUGAUUUUACGCACUUCUUACUGGGGAAUUUUCCAUUGUAUAUUUUGUUUACUUGUAUUUAUUAAACACUAAGCGCCAGUUAUUUAACUGGUAUAUUACAAAAUCGCGUCAUAAUUAAGCCCUUUUCUGUUUAACCAACGCUUUUAUCAAACUCCAUUUAUCGUGAAUAAUUUCAAUACAGCAUAUAAGGCAUACUGGAAAACUAAAGCACUUAUUUUCUUAAACUAACCCACCAAGAAAGAGGCCUGGAGGUCCAAUGAUUUCUGAAACCGCGGCCUAAGGUAACCCGUAAUGGUUUGAAAGUAAUGUCAGUCUAUUUUCUUUUUGCCUCUCUCGCAAGUGAAAGUGAGAGUUCACAGAUGCUGUGCGGUUUUCUCGAGUGCGUUUUAGAAGCUGCCUUAACGGAAAGGUUACUACACUACCGGAAUUAAAACAUCGAGGAAAUUAUUAAUUUAAAGCCGCGGAGUAUUCUCCCCAACAAUGAAUAAUAUUACUUCUAACUUUCUGCGAUAACACUGUAAAAUAUUUCAGAUUAUUUUUCAACUGAAUAGGCUGCGAAUUUAAUGCGAUGAUCAUGUUCACUUUCAUACCUUCAUCCGCAUUUCAUAUAUUUCAAUUCAUGCUUACAAGAUCUCCCUAAUUUUAUGUCUGAACGCAAGGCUUUUUUAAUGGAAACCUCAUUCAAGGGCAGAACUAACACUAAGCGCUAAGCGGAAACUGCCUUAUGAAAAAACUUUUAAAGUUGACGCGCUGUUUUAAAGGCCUCACUGGAUCUGGAUGGGGUUAAAUACAAACGUAAGCGAAACACUAAUUUUGCAAUAUUUAAAUAAUGUCUAAAAAAUAAAGCUUCCCUCUGAGAUACCUGGCGAAUAAAAUUCUCACAGAUUCACAGCUUAAAAAGGCUAAGCUGCUCUGUUGAAUCAGGAAGGCCAAACUUUUUAUCUUAAUGCUGGUCAGAGAUUCAAACAAUAUCUAAAAGCGCGUUUUUAGUUCCCUCUGAGACACCCGGAGAAUAAAAUUCUCACAGAGCCACAGCCUACAAAGGCUAAGCUGCUCUGUUGAAUCAGGACGGCCAAAACGUUUUACUUAAUGCUAGACGGAGAUUCAAACAAUGUCUGAGAAGCGAGUUUUUAGUUCCCUCUGAGACACCCGGAGAAUAAAAUUCUCACAGAGCCACAGCCUAAAAAGGCUAAGCUGCUCUGUUGCAUCAGGGAGGCCAAACUUUAUUCUUAAUGCUGGACAGAGAUUCAAACAAUAUCUAAAAGCGCGUUUUUAGUUCCCUCUGAGACACCCGGAGAAUAAAAUUCUCACAGAGCCACAGCCUAAAAAGGCUAAGCUGCUCUGUUGAAUCAGGACGGCCAAACCGUUUUACUUAAUGCUAGACGGAGAUUCAAACAAUGUCUGAGAAGCGAGUUUUUAGUUCCCUCUGAGACACCCGGAGAAUAAAAUUCUCACAGAGCCACAGCCUAAAAAGGCUAAGCUGCUCUGUUGCAUCAGGAAGGCCAAACUUUUUUCUUAAUGCUGGACAGAGAUUCAAACAAUAUCUAAAAGCGAGUUUUUAGUUCCCUCUGAGACACCCGGAGAAUAAAAUUCUCACAGAGCCACAGCCUAAAAAGGCUAAGCUGCUCUGUUGCAUCAGGAAGGCCAAACUGUUUUACUUAAUGUGGGGCAUGCACUAUCAUCUUCACAGAUCUAAUCAGUUCAAAAUUAAAUAAAGCUUUAAUCUGUAAAUCAAUUUUUGGUUUAUGAAAUUUUACUCACUUUUACUGACUGUUGAUAGCCACUGGCUUUGGCAAAAUAAAUUUCCCUGUUUUCUUAAAAGGGAUUCAAUAAAAUUGAAAAUAUCGACUACGAUCCACACUUAAAAACUGAACUCUGACUCGUUUGCGAUCAGGCUUAAGAAAUAGUGAUCUCCAUCAACAUUCUCCAUGAACAUUACACUUUCACAUCAUUAGCAGUUAUUGAGAAUUUAUGAAAUGAUCGAGUGAUCAGUGUCGACCUUAAAACGUUUUCGUGCUAAAAUGAUAAUAGGUAUCCAUUUGAAGACGAUACAAAGGAACCCAAAAUAGACUUACCAAGUUUCGGCCGAUGUUUAGAAAAUUGAAAAGGGCUGGAGAGCUCACCGUUCAGGCUAAAUCCAGUCAACGACCCUUAAUAAAAAUAAUUUAAGCUUACAUAAUCAACAACGACGUGAAUGCCUGAGUUUCUGACUUGAUGGUCAUCUGCCACCGUCAGGAAAUCGUACGAUAUUGCUUCUCGAAUGAAUCCCUCAUUUUAAUUUCCCCAAUUCAUUGAUCCACGACCAAGUACCUUUUCAAGAUCUUCUCCGCACGACGAAACGCUUUCUCUGACUUCUCUGACCGCUCCCCGCUAUAUUUUCUAGUAGCUGGAAGGAAUUUAGUCCUUCUUUGAUCGCUUUAAACCCGCUUUCGUCUGCAUUUCAUCGGCGCAAGUUAAAGGCUCGUGCUAAGGUUGAAACGACAACAACAUGAUCUCUUUCCUCUUUGAAAAACCAAACCUUGAUGGAUUGACUCGAGCGCCAGUACUAUCUGUACUAUCGACCAUAUCAUAUAAACAUCGACCAUAUAAACAGUAUAAAUAAUCGGCCCUGCUACUUCCAAACAUCAUCUCUACAUAAAAAGCAUAAAAUUUUGACUUGCCAUGAAUUAUAUCUGUCGGUAAAACCAUUUGGUCAUUGAUACUGCAUACGAGAUUACCUUUGUUUGGCAAGCGAGGGUCCAAAGACUGAAGAUGCUUUUCCCGACGAACGCGCCACUUUUUGUCGGCUUUGAAAUUCGCGCGAGAUCGCAUUGUGAUACAAAUAGUAUCUGUCUUUCGUCUCAGCUCGUCUUCCAUCUAUCAGUGACGCAAAGUACACAAGUCAUGACAGAUUAGUGGCUAUUAAUUGAAUCCUAAUUAGGUUUUUACAAGGACACCGGAAAUUGAAACUUCCUCCCUGUGGUGAAUUUCAAAGUCGUAUGAAUCUCGUCAUGCCACCUGUAAAGAUCGCGUGCUGAAAAAAAAAAACACUUUGCCGCAGGUAAACACUGUUAAUAAACUAGGAUUUUUUAAUGAUAUUUAUUAAUUCAUGUAGUUGUUUUACAAAGUGUUUUGUUUUAUCCUAGUCAGAAAAGUAAAAACAAAAGAGAAGAGGCUAGAAUUUUUACAACUAACAAUUCAACGUAUAAAAGAAGAUGUUUUAUAUGAUGCUCAGUUAAUUUUUAUUUUAAGUUAUAAGUCUGGACGAAUAACCAAUAUAUUAAUUGCAGCUAAAUGCUUUGUAGUCUUUGCAGAAGCUACAGGAAUACAAGAAUCCCUAAGGCCUUAUUUCCGCCCACGUAGGCAGAUUUUAAAUUAAUUUUAUCACAAGGAUAAAUGAAACUAUUUCCAGUUGUAUUCAUAUUUAUAUUUUGUAGGCCACACAGACAUUUCAUUCUCCACAGCCUACCUAUUUAUCAAUCUACAUCAGUAUACAUGUAUCCGCCGGAUCAUAAAACAACUCACGUAGUUCACGUCCGGUCAAUUCAAAAAAUGGAAUAAAGGACCUCAUAUAUUUGUCACAAAUCGGUUAUCGCUUAUCUCCCACUUCUAACUCCCUUUCUUGCUUUAAAGAACAACAAAAGAGUCCAGAAAGUUCCAGAUUGGUAAACGUUUGGGCACGAAUCAAAAAUAACUUGACGCCAGACCCUCAGGCUUUUGUCUGCGUAAAUACGAGUUAUGCUUGUACUGAAUUCUAAACGGUUCACGCCAAAAUGCUAGCUGUUUUCGUUGAGUCAUAUAUAAUUUUUAUGUGCCAUGUGACGACUCUGAGUAGUCAUUAUCGUCAGCUCGUUUCAGUCUAUCAAUUCAAACUGGUCAGGCUUGAGACAAAUUACAAGUUCUGAUCACGAAACGAAUUUUAAUCGAACGAAUUUUUAGUCCUCCUUAGGCCGACUAAAGACUGAGUUGCCAGGGAGGGCUUGUCGCUCUUCAGGCGGGAAAGCGGGAGAAAUUGCAAAAGAACCUCUUAGCAUUACAAGGGAACAGCGGCAUUAUUGACCAUUACUUUAACAUCCUAUGUCAGUUUGUCUGUACAUCUUAUUUUCAGCUUUAAUUCUGCAUAUAGUGAUCGGCAGGCAUUUAGCUUCACAGCGGGCUAUGGUAUAUUUUUGUUUUCCUGAAAUCAAAUCGUAUAUCCUCAAUUUAGGCACCUAAUUAAAACACAGCGGUGUUUAUACCCACGUUGCCUAUACCAGAAGAAAGAUGUGUAAAAAUUGUCAUCGGAGGAGAACACGGGUUGUUGCUUUUUUCCUUUUCAGUCCUUUUAAACAGUUCCGCGCGAUUUGUCUUUGUACAGUCGUGACGUCACGCUUGGCGUUUUGUCCUCAGUUUUCUAGAACUCCAACUUGUUUAGAAGAUGCAGGCUGCCGACCUAAUCAGUUUCACAAGAAAAAUAUAAACAGAAAUUCGUUGACAAAACAUAGUCGAGGGUAAUUAUUAUAUGGACACAUUCGACGUCGACCCCGCUUUUGACCCACCUGAGAGCUGUCGCUUUCUAGUCACGUUUUUGCGUAAAAUAUUUCUUUUAACUUUCUACGCCCAAACUGUCUGGAUUAAAAGCCCAGCCUCUCAGAAGAGUUAUUUGUGGUGUUCUUUUUUUCUUUACACUUUAAAUCCUCUAUAAAUUGCUUCUUUAUUUGUCUCGUAAUUUUUUGGGAAGUUUUUCUCCUCAAUAAAUUAUUAAAAUUGUUGUUUCACACGCAUCAGGGUGGAAAAGAAAAAAAAACAAAAGUUCAUCAAGCCUUCUGUCUAUCUGCCGUGAAUGUCAGAAACAGUGGCAGAUCCAGACCUUCAGAUAAGGAGGAAGGGGGGACGGUCAUCCAGACCCUGAGGUAAGGGGGGGCUGGUCCCCCUCAAAUUUUUUUGGUCUAAAAAUAAGUGGGGCCCUCCCCUGGAUCCACCACUGAGAAGAUAAGCCUUAAAAAACGUCAUAGAUCAUGCAAUCUGAGCGAAAAACAUUGAUCAAAUUAAUGGACACUAAGCAGCUGACUGAGCAGCAAAACUGAUUUUUGUGCAAAGUUUUCCAUGCCGGCAUUCAUAUAUUCGUAGCCACUAAGGCUCUCAGCGUGAUAGCACCCACCCAACGAUGUAAAAAGUUUUUGAAGUUUGUAGACAUGUAUCAGUUUUGGCUGAACAUUUUUAGCUUCAUGCAUAUUUUCUGUGCAAAUAAAAAGAAAGAGUGAGAACUGCCUGUUUAUUCUGGCAGAUAAAACAAAAACGAAGCAAAAAAUAAAUAUAAGAAGAUAUAAAAAGCAGAAAAACAAAAUCGUUGCUGUUACGUUUUCACCGCGAUCUGAUCAGUCUGCUGCUUUUUUAAAUAAAAAAUUAUGUCUUUUGCUGAUCCAGAUCUUUUAUCGAGAUCCGUCGCUGAUGAACUUGACCAUGAUAAGUUGUGGUUUUCAGAUAUGUUUCAGAAUUAAUUACCGUUGGCUCCCGUGGCAAACAUUGACGACUUAUCAUGAGCAAAUAAUACACGAGCGUUACCAGAAUGUCCAACCUUUUGAGUGAGUACAAUCGGGAUAUUCUUCAAUUACCGAAGAAUCGGGCGAGUGCUGAAGGCUCGAGUAGUUAGUGGGAGGGGGUGUAGGUGCAUGCUCCCCCAGAAAGUAUUGAAAUCUUUGUGCUCUGCAACGCUAUUUUUAGUCUGAGAGAAAAAUUUCUGUCUAAAAUGUUCGAUCCCGCAAUUGUCAUUUUCAUGCCUAUAUAUGUUUACGUGUCUUCGAGUACAAGUGCUGCAGGAUCCGGGAGCCCACAUUUCGUUUUUUUUUUUGGGAUAUCAGUUGUAGGUAUACUCUGUUCUUGGGUAAGUAUCAUAAGAAUUCAUACGAAAUAUAAGAACAGAUGUCAAAAUCGGGAUUUUUUUCCUAUGGCUGAUCGCAUUUUGGUCGGGAUGGGAUUUCAAGAAAAAUCGGGGAAAUCCCGCCGAGAUCGGGAAAAUACUGCAGAGUUCUUACCAGACCGCGGCAUUGCCGAACAUUUUCGGGAAAUGCCAUGCACUAAAAUUAGCGUAAAGGGUCCCAAGGGCGCAAAGAAGGAUAAAAAACCUGUUACAAAACGUACGUAAACAUACGUACACAUACGUACAUUUUCUUAUAAUAUAAGCCAAAAUUAUAUUGGGUAUGGCGUCUUUAGAAAACACUCAUCAUUACUGCGCUUUUCAAAAACAUGCCAAUUCUGAAGACAACUUCAGAAGCCAACUGACGAUUGCGUUUUUCGCUGCCGUCAAUCUUCUUUACAGAGUUCGCAUGUUUGUGAAAAGCGAGGUAAAACAUUGAGUUAUCUAUCUCUCGGUACUAUCAUUUAAAAAAAAAACAGAAAAAAUGGAAGUGAAGAGGAAAAUAGGGAAAAGGAAGAAAAAUGAUCGCGUGGAUCUGGGAACUAAACACGAUCCGCCAUUUUUGACUCAAGUCCAUAGGAACGGGCGACGAAGCUUUGUCCUACGUGUGUUUUUGACCCAUCAGUAGCGAGUUUUUUUAACACAAACACGUCAUGGCUUCAAACGAAGGCGAAGAUUCCCAUACCAAGGGAAAGACCAUCAAGGAACGACUUAAGAUGAUGGUCAAUAACGACGUCAUGAGCGAUGUUACGUUUGUGACCAAAGAUGCAAUGGAGGACGUGGUUGUAUUCAAAGCUCAUAAGUUUGUGCUCGCUGUAAGCAGUCCAGUGUUUUAUGCCAUGUUUUACGGCAGACUUUCAGAGAGAAAAGACAAAAUCGAGCUACCUGACUGUGACUCUGAGAGCUUUCUUGAAUUCCUUCGGUUUCUUUAUUGUGAUGAAGUUAACCUCACUGGGAGUUCGGUGCUGCAAGUUUUAUACUUGGCAAAGAAGUAUAUAGUGCCGCAAUUAGAGGUAGCUUGCUCGACGUUUUUGACCGAAAACCUCUCUUCUGAAAACGUUUUUGAUAUCCUUCCUCAUGCAAAGAGUUUCGAAGACGACGAGCUUGUUGCUCGUUGCUGGGAAGUUGUGGAUGUCAGCGCUCAAGAAGCGGUGAAAUCGGAGACAUUUCCAUCAAUAACAAAAGAACUUCUCUUUGAAGUCAUCACGCGAGAUGGGCUUUCAAUUCACGAGAUUGAGUUAUUCCAAGCUGUAGACCGCUGGGCUGCUGCGGAAUGCGUUAGACAAGAUCUUGAACCCACAAAGGACAAUAAGAGAAGAGUAGCAGGGGAAGAUAUUAUAAACAAUAUUCGCUUUCCUCUUAUGACUCAAGCACAGUUUGCAAGAGAGGUCCCUCGCUCAGGUCUCCUCCCCAAAGACGAGAUUAUUGAGUUAUUUAUGUGGUUCAGCUCAGUGUCAAUAAGUAAUCCUAAAUUCCUCAAACGACCAAGAAUGUUAUACACUCAUUCAUUUUCGCGCUGCAAGAGAUUUCCCCAAGUUAGUCAUGGCUGGGGCUACUCUAGUGGAAUACCUGAUGGCUUGGUAUUUUCAGUAAAUACCCCAAUUGUUAUGCGUGGGGUGCGGCUGUUUGGGAGUCGGGGGUAUUCGUAUGAAGUCUCCCUCAAGCUAUACUCAGUUCAAGGAAGAAAUGAAAGUGAUCAAGAGUUAUGUUCAGUGGAAGGCUGCUUCACUACUGAUGCAGAAUAUACUGAUGGCUAUUAUGGCUUUGAUGUUCUGUUUGAUCGCCCUGUUAGUCUUGAAGCAAAUGUGCAGUAUAGGAUUUGCGCCAAUAUCUCAGGCACAAGUUCAUGGUAUGGUUCUAGUGGGUUGAAUAUGGUUGAGUGUGAUGGCAUUAUCUUCAAGUUUAAUGGUCAAACCAGUCCUAACGGUACAAAUGAUUCAGGGGGGCAGUUUCCACAGAUCUUGUUUCACGAAUGCUGA